CAGAAAAAUAACGGCCACCUGAACGCUGAAUAAGAAAUCACUUCAGUAAUGAAUAGGCAUUCAUGAUGUUCACUUAAAUUUACACAACUUGCAUUUAAUAUUUGUUUGUUGCAUGAUUGACAUUUAAGACUGAAACCGCAUGUUUUGCCUUCGACGCUACUUCUGCAAUGUUCGAGUCCAGAGACUACGUUUCGGAUUAUGAGUCCGAAACUAACAGUAAUCUUGAUACGAAUAGUGAGAUAAGCCGAUCCGAUAUACCUCCGUCAAAGGACAAGGAGCUUUGGGAAAAACCUACUACAGCUAGGUUUCCGGCUUAUGCUAAUGCAAAGUCUGUCUGGGAUGCAGAAAACAAAAGAGCCUACAAUUCUGUUGUUCGACAUCAUCUAUUGAAUCUCAAUGCUUUUGAUCGUCAUAAAAAGUUAGUAAAUGAUUAUUUGCAAUAUUAUGGUGGCUCAUGGAGUGAUUUCAAACGUGACACUUCAAAAGAUAAAACAGAUGUUGAUGUCAUAAGGGAGCAUGGAAGAUUUUUGUGGUCAGAACAAGAUGAACCAUUAACAUGGUCUGAACGUCUUGCUAAAAAGUAUUGGGAAAAAUUAUUUAAAGAAUACUGUCUUGUCGAUUUAUCACGCUACAAGGAAAAUAAAUUUGGUAUGAGAUGGCGAUUAGAAAAAGAAGUGAUUUCUGGUAAAGGUCAAUUCGCUUGUGGAAAUGUAGCCUGUCCAGCUGGUGCAGAACGUCUACGGAGUUGGGAAGUGAAUUUUGUCUAUCAAGAACGCGGGGAACGACGUAAUGCUUUGGUGAAAGUACGUUUAUGCCCCGCAUGUUCUGAUAAAUUGAACUAUCGGUAUAAAAGGCGCGAUGUUACUGGGCAACGAAUUAGCUCUGAGCAGGAUAAAAAUGAUACUGAAAGUAAACGUCAACAAGAAACAAGCGGCGAUGAUGAUGAUAAUGAUCAUAAGGAAUCUGCAGCGAAACGUCCACGUAAUUCCAGCGAUCGAAAUGACGAUGAUAAUAUUAAUAAUAAUAACUCCGACAAUAAAAACACAUCAGAUACUACUGAUAUCAAUUCAGUAUGGUGUAAAUCAGCGCAAACAUCACAAGGAAGUGGAAAUCCCAGUGGCGCUGCUAAUAUCAGCAGUACAUCGGGGAAUAUUAAGACACCGGAUGAUGAAUUCGACGAAUACUUUGCAGACAUGUUAAUGUAGCCUAAUGAUUUUUAUUAUUAUUGUUGUUGUUAUUGUUUAGACCUCACUUCUUCACAUGAGCUCAUCCUCACGGUCGCCUCUCCAUUUACACCCACGCACACCCACACUCAUAAUUGUAUUGUAUAUACUUGCAUUAUCUUCGUUUUUCCUCAUUUUACCGAGCUUUUAUCAAUCUCUGUGCACAUAUCUCAUUUCGCCGCAUUCAGAAUAUUGUUUUUAUCUUCUCGUGCGCUUCAUGUAAUCACUGUUAUCGUUUGUGAUGUGAUAUUUUUCGAUACAUAUAGACUCUAUCCUUUCCAUUUUACGACAAGAUAUACGUACUAUAUGGUAAGCAUUUUUGUUUGCUUUCUAAGUGUGAUGAUGGUCACGAAAGCAGCA